AGCCAUUUGACCCUAACAAAGAGAUAUUUGGCACAUUCCACUCUCACCUUAGCUGAUGGCUCAAUGCUACACCAGCGAUGGCGGAUUCGACUGGGAUAAGUACAAUGAGUUGGUGAAGGGCAUUGACAUCCUGACCUAUGACCCUCCUCAAAAGAAACCUGCAUACGUCAAGAAGCUGCGGAAUUUCAAUUUUUUCACUCCCCGGUCUCCGUACGGCGCUGGUUUCCCAUUCUGUGUUUCCGAGGGCUGGAGAUGUUACAUCCGCCACAAGCACGGCUAUGAGAUGCAAGACGUCUAUAUCUCGGACCCUGAGGCAUGGUUCCUGAAGAUGCUGGAGCCUCCGAAGUGCGGGAAUUUCUGCCCGGAUCUUCUGAAAGGAGUCUGGUGGAUGCAGGACAACAUCGCCAACGAGACCUUGGUCUCAUGGGAAUCUGCCCAUUGGGGGAAGCCUGAUGGUCGCAACCCAGAGGUGGGCAUGAAGUCUUGCUUGAGGAAUUGGACCACAGGUAAUGGUUUGCUUGGCACGGUGAUCAUGAACAUCAAAUCUGGCGGUUGGCAAGGCGUUCGCAUCUCACCAGAUCGAAAGUGGAUCAACUUAGGCGGACACGACUUCAUUUACCUCUUGGAUGAGAAGGAUCACUUGGUGGACCCGCAAGGUAAGGAGGUGUCCUUCAGAGUGGGCGAGGAUUUUCUAAGAGUUUCUUAUCAGGAUGGGGAUCCUAAGAAGGGCAUUGACUAUCAGUACCUGCUUCGAAGAGUCGCCUUCAAAGAUGCCAAGGGACAGCUUCAGAAGACCCCGAUCUAUGAACAGCUCUUGGACCAAGCCACCCGACCCACGGCUCCCUAUGGCGCCUGCUGCAAUCUCUUCCUCUGCAACCUGUCCGACGAAGAGUAUGGCGCCAUCUACGACAACUUGGACGACCAUCAGAUCCUGAUCCCGGGUCCCGAGACAGACCUGCCCUGGCACCCGGAUUUGGACGCUGCGUGUGAGAUGCCGGCGGACUGUGUGAUGCCGCCCUGGUCCUCCAUCAUUUCUCUCUGAUGGACAUCUCUUUGAAGGUUGGACAACUUUUUUGGGGAUGCAGAUUUGGAGAGUCCGCUUUUAAGGUGGCUUUUUCACGCUGUUUGCGUGGUUGGGAGAUCCGCUUUGGUUAGAUGAUAGGGAGGAUAUUUGCGUGUAGGGACCAGCCUGAAAGUUCGGACACACUUGUCAAGUUUCACCCGCGGUGGCUUGAUGCUAGCCACCAUCUAGCCAUCGAACAGCAUGCAAAGGCAUCAUUUCGGUUUCGCGGGCCAAGGAUCAUGGAUCAUCAUCGCUAUUUUUGUCUCGCUUCGGGCUUCGUCUGUCAGAAUCAGCGGAACCCGUUUCACAACAUGAACGACCGCAGUCCGACUGCAGUCGAAACAUGGCGGUCGAGAGCAUCAAAAUCUGGGGAUGUG